AUGAACGACGUUCCUUAUCAGAACCCUCAUUAUCUGUCGCCGGUACCACACCACAAGCCCGCACAAUCAGCAAGCCAACUAUCUCUCCUUAUGUUGAUGAUGCCGCUGGUUAGCAGGGGAAAUGAACCCGGGUUCCUUCGUUCUCUCAUUCCCCCCUCCAUCGCGUGUCGUUUGUACCUCAGUGUAGUCCUGCUCGAAACCUUCAUCGAUCUCGUUAUUGAAGGAACACUUUUAAUCCGCGUAAACAAAAUGAUCAAUGUUGAAACGCAGCCUUCCGAACACGAUAACGCCACCCUUUUAAGGAGCAAAUUACCUGUGCUGCUCGUGAUCUUCUGCCUUGCACACAUUUUCCAGUUCGCUUUUGCCCUGGACGCUGUCAUCCAUCAAAAUGUACUCCAGUUCAUUUUCCUUGCAAUUUUCAAUGCACUCUUCUUCGUAUACUCUGUGAUGCAAAUUUUCGAAGUACAGGUUGUUGCAUCAGACGUCCGGGCUUAUGGCAUACCAAUCAGCGCUCUCACGGGUGCAAUCCCUGUUGUCAUUGGGAUUGCUCAAAUUGCGUACAUGGCCCUGGGUUGGCGGAUAUAUAAGGAAUUUGGGUGGAACAUCUACAAGCAGAUUGGAGCGGAUCGACGCAUAAAAAAGCUCUAUGCGCAGUACCAGAUCUUUGAAUGUUUGGUACGCUUUGAUGCUUUUUUCUGGCUUGGCUUCUCGGUACAGCUUGUUUCGCUUGUGCUUGAAAAGGGGGAUUUUGAGUUCUACCUUACCAUUGCGGCUUUUCCGUUAUCAAUGCUGCUUCUGUUAGAAGGCCACCUAGCUGCGAGAUACGAGAAUCGGACAAUGAUGUCCUUUUUUAUCUUUGGGCUGAUUGCCGCGCUUGUAUACUUUUCGUACAAGCUCUUCCGAAUAUGGACUCAGAAACGCACCGACAUGUUCAAGGAUGUCUGGAAGUCGCUAACUAUUUUCUCGUGCAUAUCCAUUGGUCUCCUCAUCAUCACCCUAAUUUGGAGCUUUCUUGUGUUUCGCGAUUUUGGCCUGGGGCUGAAAGAGAACAGUGUGUACCAUGGUCGCCGAUGA